CGCAACGUGUGCAUAGCAGAAGGAUCGGUGGGCUGCAUCCACGCCGCUGUAGUUUUCGCGCGCGGUCUCUUGGUGGGUAAAAUUAUACCGACGUAGCUGUGGUAGGAUAUAUUGUGUACACACCAUAUUUGUAUGUACACUCGGUUGAUUGUUGUUACGAGGAGAGCAGCGAAGAAACAGAGCGGCUAGUCAUCGCUGGCUCUCAGGUAUAGCGUAUUCCGGAGCUGCAGCAUCACACAACAGCCCGCAGCGAGAGCGGUAUAUAUUUAUGUUCGCAUCACGUGCAGCAGUGGAGCACUGGAGUAGCAGCCUCAUUUUAAUUCAAUCCAACCGUCUCCAUUACGUCCGUCAGCCUCCACUUUUUCUCGCGACUUGGAAUCUCCGCAUCUAAUGUCCUUGCAGGGGUUUCACACAUUCCACCUUUCUUUCAUUUUUUCAUUUUUAUUUUUCAUUCUUUUGGCAAACCGACAUUCGACAUAAUACACGCAAUGCACAAGUGCCAUGCAUUUGGUAACGUUUGAUUGAUGAUUGACAAGGAAGAGUCGGAGAGAUAAAGAAGAAGAAGAAGAAGAAGAAGAAGAAGAAAAGGAAGAGGGUCGUGUUGUGCGUUGUGCUAAAGUAUGAGUGCUGUGGUGCAAAACGACAUGGUGCAGCAGGUAGCCGGCAUCAAACUGCAGGAGCAACAGCAGCAGCAGCAGCAGAGCGACGUUAUAGCCGGUACGAAGCACCAACUGGGGCAUAAUCCUCAGGAACAACAGCAGAGUGGUACAAGUAUCGAGCCCACGGAGCAUCAUCAUCAUCAUCAUCAGGCACAGCAGCAGCAGAACCUGAGCGCGAUGCUCGCGGAGAAGGACCGAUUGAUCAGCCGGCAGUACGUGGAGAUCGAGCAACUCCAGCGGGAGCUCGCCGAGGUCAUAGGCGAACGGGACGCUCUGAUGUGCGAGGUCUCGCAGUUCAAGUUCGAGCUCGAGAUGGCCGACCUCAAGCGACUCCACGACGACAGCUUCCCCCAAAAGAUGGAGAGGCUAGGGCCCACGUCGAAGGGUUACGCGGGCGUGGGCGGAGGGGGCUCCGGUAGCAUAUACGCGAGCAGCCAGCCUCACCAUCACAACAGCCACCACCAGCACCAGCACCAGCAGCAGCCGGCCCUGUCGUCGUCGUACAUGACCGGCCAGUACAUGUACAGCCAGAACUACGCCCACGCGCCGUACGCGGGCCCCGGGGUCCAGCCGACCUACGUCCAACAGCAGUACACCAGCCAGCCCCAGAGCUACGGGCCCGUCGUGCAGGGCUACGGCGGCCAACCGGGCCAGGCCUGCCACAAAAAGUCCACCGUCCGCAACGGGGACGUCAUGAAGCGGUGCCGGCUGCAGGGAGCGUACGAGCUGUCGCAGGACAUGCUGGACAAGCAGAUAGAGAUGCUGGAGCGCAAGUACGGCGGGGUAAAGGCACGCAAUGCCGCGUUGACGAUCCAGCGGGCGUUUCGUCGGUACACCCUGUUGAAAAAAUUCGCGGCGAUAACGGCGAUGGCCAAGGUAGAGAAGCGCCUGAGCCGCAAACUCCAGGAGGCCGCCGAGCGCCAGGAGCACCUGCAGGACGCCCGACUCGCCUACCAACACCACAAUCAGGUGUACGUCCAGUCCCACCAGCAGCAGCACUACCAGCGCCAGCAGCAGCAACAGUCGCCGGUUGGCAGGCCGAUGCCCACGAGGAGCAUGUCCCUCAAGGAGAGGCGUCACGUCGUCGUCGACGGAUCGGCACGGGGCUGUGCGUCACCGGUGCCUCGUGGACAACCCGGGCGAUGCGAGAUACAGAUAGCUCCUGCACCGCACCAAACGAACCAAUUAGCGAACCACCAAUUGGUGAACCACGGCGUUGCCACCAGUGGCCGGCACACGCCGUCGCUUACACCGAGUCCUUGUGGCAGACAACAACAACAGCAACAACCACCGGCAAGCCCGUGCUGGGAGUCCAGUUCACAGGAGAGCGGUUCCAGCAUCAACUAUUACAAUCCCCAGGAGAGCCUUUGUACUGUACGCCAGGACUCCCCUGCAGCACGUGAUACGCAGCUACGCUCAACCUCGUGCACAUCGCCCUCGACGCCUUUACAACAGGGACAGAUAAUCCAGCAGCAAACGCUCCAACAGCAACAGCAGAACAAUUGGUCGAGCAGUACGUCCCAGUUGAGCGGCUCGAGCGUCCGCUCGGUUGGCCGGACCUCGAGUUUUGGCUCCUGCGGCAAGGCCCUGCCACCCGAAGUACCCAAGCGCACCUCGUCCAUUACCUCCCGGUCUAUGGAAGGUAGGCACAACGGGCUCAGCAAAAGCGUCGAGAAUGGCAGUCUUAGCUCGGUACAGAGCUCGGGUAGCGACUCGACCAAUUGCGAGAGCUCAGAGGGCGACAUCACCCAACGCGGCUCGCCCGUCUGGAAGCACAAGGCUAUUUCGAGUUCCCCGGAGCAUCAGGAAAUGAUCGUGCACGCGAACGACAGCGGUGCUCUGCUCAGCAACGCCAAAGACCUGGGUGGUCUCGUAGCCACGAGCGGUAGCUACCAGCUGCCGUUGCUCCACCACCACCAUCAUCUUCACCACAACGAGCACGGCGAGCACAACGAGCACAACGACGACUCCUCGAUAUCCCAGGUGUCGGGCAGUAGUUACACGCUCAAGGCCUCGGAGACGGUGCGCAAGCGACAGUACCGGGUCGGUCUCAACUUGUUCAACAAAAAACCCGAGCGCGGCAUCAACUACCUCAUGCGCCGUAACUUUGUUGACAACUCGCCCCAGGGUGUGGCUCGUUUUCUCAUCAGUCGCAAGGGUCUCUCCCGACAGAUGAUCGGCGAGUACCUCGGCAACCUCCAGAACUCCUUCAACAUGGCUGUGCUCGAUUGCUUCGCCCACGAGCUCGAUCUGGCCGGCAUGCAGGUCGACGUCGCACUGCGAAAGUUCCAAGCGUACUUCCGUAUGCCGGGCGAGGCCCAAAAGAUCGAGCGUCUGAUGGAGGUGUUCAGUCAGCGUUACUGCCAGUGCAAUCCGGACGUCGUGAUGAGGCUACGCUCGCCCGACACGAUAUUCGUCCUCGCGUUCGCCAUAAUAAUGCUCAACACGGAUCUGCACACGCCGAAUCUCAAACCCGAGAGGCGCAUGCGGAUCGAGGAUUUUGUGAAGAACUUGCGCGGCAUCGACGACUGCGGUGACAUCGACAAGGACAUACUCGUCGGAAUCUACGACCGCGUCAAGGCCAACGAGUUCAAGCCCGGCUCGGAUCACGUGACGCAGGUCAUGAAGGUCCAGGCUACGAUUGUCGGGAAAAAGCCCAACAUGGCCCUGCCCCAUCGCAGGCUCGUCUGCUACUGCAGGCUCUACGAGAUCCCCGACGUUAACAAGAAGGAGAAACCCGGCGUCCACCAGCGCGAGGUCUUUCUCUUCAACGACCUGCUCGUCGUCACCAAGAUACUCAGCAAGAAGAAGAGCAGCGUCACCUACACCUUCAGGCAGAGCUUCCCGCUUUGCGGCAUGCUCGUCACGUUGUUCGAAGCUCCUCACUACCCGUAUGGCAUAAAGCUGUCGCAGCGCGUCGACAACAAAGCACUAGUCACGUUCAACGCGCGCAACGAACACGACCGGUGCAAGUUCGUGGAGGACUUGCGCGAGUCGAUCAGCGAGAUGGACGAGAUGGAGACCCUGCGUAUCGAGACCGAGCUCGAGCGCCAGAAGAAUAGCCGCGGGACGCGAGGCUCCUCGGAAAACCGGGACUCCGGGGUCGCUGACGUCGAGGUCUGUCCGUGUCCGGGACCCUGCUCCGAGAGAUCGGAGGUCGCGGACAACGACUCCCAACAGCUCAAACGGUCCACACUCAGCAAUUCUCUGCUCGACAUCCACGAGCAAUUUGCCGGGGAGAAGCCACAGCGUCGAGGCAGCGUCGGCUCACUGGAUAGCGGUAUGUCAAUUUCCUUCCAGUCGACUUCCGCCAGCUCGAUGAGCCAAGGCGCGAAGGCGAGCGGAGUACCUGCACAAGCCCAGCCCGGUGUGAGCGCACACCCAGGUGCUGGCGCCGUCAAGGGAACAGCCAUCGCUCAGCAGCCCUCUUUUUUAGGGAGCCUCUUCCACAAGCGCGAGCGCAAGCUGUCCCACAGCGAGGAGGUCCAACAGCAGCAGCAACACCACAAUCAUCAUCAUCAUCAUCCUCCUCCUCCUCAUCACCAUCAGACACCGCCACUGCAACCACAGCAGGGCUUGACUGUGACUACGAUGCAGGGCUCGCCCAGUCCCGCGGCUCCCUACGGCCGCACCACUGAAGUCUAGACGUAUACAGCACUGAAAGGGCAUCGUUUAGCUAAAUAUACUUGCGUUUCAUUCGUGCUCUCAUCACUGGUCAUGUCUGCAUAAAUAUCUUUUUUUUACUGUCCAUCCUUUGUGCGGCGUUUCCGUGGCUAUGGCUGGUCGACGAGAGCAGCGAGCGAUUGUUUGUCCGAGACGGGCAAAAUAUUUAUUGUACGUGGAAAGACUUGUUGUCGCGCGCUCAAGAGCAAUCAUUUCUAGUCAUGUGUAGUUUAUUGUCUCGCGAUGAGCAAUGUCAACAGUUUUUCCCCCGUCACCGGAGUGUAAUUACACGUACCAAUACUAUAUUGUAUCAUGUAUAUUACACUGAUUUUUUGCACGUUAAUUUUUAUUUCCUUUGUUUUUGCAACAAGUUUGUAUUGCUUGUCGUUAAACUGUUAAUUUUUUUGUUACGAUUAAUAUGAAAAUGCAUGCUCUUGUAAAGAAGAAGAUGCGGCAAAAAGAGACAAAGAAUGCGGGAGAAAGCGCGUCCGUCUGGCGGGAUCCGAUUGAAUGCUUUUCCUCUCGCGCAAAUAUUGUACAUUUUCCGCGCAUGGAUCUUUUUUUCGAUUACCAUGUUUUUUCUAUACUUGUAUAACUCACCACGCGAUGUACCCGCACUCUCCUCUUGACGUAUAAGAAAAUAAUUCAUUAAACGUUUGUGUAUAGUAUGUAUUUAUUGCAUUCGCCCAGCUAUGGGAAUUUUAAUAGGAUGUUUUUUUUUUUUUUUUUUUCGUACGUUAUAUUU